AUGGAGAUGGUAGAGGGUAUCAUCACAAUAGUACUUGCCAUUCUAUUUGCAUUCAUCCUUCCCAAUAGUCCUGCCAGCGUCCGCGGUCUGACCGAAGUGGAACGGGAGUGGAUCCGAUGGAACUAUGAGCAAGACCAAGGCCAACAAGACGACCAGAGUGAAGCCAGCACACUGCAGGGUCUAGUUAUGGCGAUCAAAGACCCGAAGACCUGGCUACUACUGGCAACCCUAUAUGCCAUUUUCAUCUCGGCUGGCGUGACAAACUUCUUCCCCCCAGUGGUCGCCACACUUGGCUACUCACGCACGGUGACCUAUGCUCUGACCGCGCCACCAUUUAUCCUUUGUUGCAUUGUCAUCAUGGUGAAUGGUUUCCACUCGGACUCGACAGAAGAGCGGUACUAUCAUGUCGUGGGACCUUUAUGCGUCACUAUAAUCGCGAACAUCCUCGCUGUGUCCACCCUCAACACAGCGGCACGGUAUAUAGCCAUGAUGCUGAUGCCCGGGUCUUUGUAUGCCGCAUCAACGGUGAUUUUCUCUUGGAUUUCAGGAACGCUGAGCCAACCCGCCCCAAAGCGUGCCACUGGGAUCGCUUUCAUAAUCUCGGUUUGCAAUACUCCCAACAUCUGGACCCCCUAUCUCUACGAUGGGGCGCCCCGAUAUUUGGCUGCUUUUGUUGUCAAUUUGGUUGCCGGUGUUGCAGCGAUCGUGAUGGCAACAGUGACUAUGAUUCACCUGAAGAGGCAAAAUUGGAAACUUGAUCAGGGAAGGGACUUGGGGGGAAGCGGACCAACGGUCGCUCAACAAGCCAGUGGGUUUCGGUACAUGCUGUGA